UUGCCAAGUUUCUUAUACAUACACAAAUACAUAUGUUAAGAUAAAAUAAAUUAAAUUAUUAGAAAACGUUCGAGUUAUUUCACAUUAUCAAAUGACAACAUAAAAUAUAAUUUUAUUUGAAAGCGAACCUAUCAUCAGAUUUGAUCAGAUAGAACGUGAAAUGAAAGCAAAUUAUUUAACAAUAUUACCAUCAUUGUUAUUAUUAUUAUUAUUAGAAUAUAAAUCAUUUGUGAAAAUUACCAUGUUCUCAUUAUUAAAUAAUACUGCUAAAUUAAUAUCAUUAAUAUCAUAUAUUAUUAAAAUUACGUAUGCAAAUUAUUCUGAAUUAAAUGAAAUCAAUACUAUAAUUAUAAAGAUCGAAUACAAAUUAAGAAAUAAUUCAGAAAAAGUUAAAGUGAAUCAUUCAUCGAAGAAUUAUACUUAAAACAAUUUGGAUCGAAUAAAAUUUUUAAAGCUUUAAAUUAAUAUAAAAAUAAAAAUAAUUGAAUUUCUUAUUUUAUUAAAAAGUAUAAAUUUUGUUAUAAAGCAACAAGAAAUUCAUCAGAGUUGGAGUAGUACCAAAUACAAUUUCUUCAAUUAUCACAUAUGGUCAGUACACGAGACAUAAUUAUUUCCUAAAAUUUCUUUAAUGUGAAAUUUUUUAAAGGCACUCAGUAACAAAACCUAUUUAAUUUUGUUAUUUCAAAUUGUAAUUCCAUUCAAUUAUCACAGUAACAAAAAGUAAAAUUUUUCAACAAGCACCAAAACAAAAAAGGAUAAUAUGUAAACAAAUAUGAUGUGAAACUAAAAUUAAAACAUAAAACUAAAAAAUACAUUUAAAAAAAUAAAUUGAAUGCCAAUGUGAAAUGAACAAUAGCAAAAAAAAAGGAUAACUUUGAAUUUUAAUCAACAAGGAUUUUUUAUUGCUGCGCUUUAUUUGUUUGCGCCAAUAUUUACUUUAAUAUUUUUCUAAGAAUAAAAAUAACUACAAUUCACAAUCAUCAUAGCAAAACAACAUCAGAAGCAAACUGACAUCUAAAUAAAACGAAUAAAUUGUACAAGGAUAAAAUGUCCUUGUAAACAAUGUAGUUUAUUUUUUUUUUUAAUCAGAAGUCAUUAAAAUGAUCAUCAUGCACACUAAGAAUAUAUAAAUCUCAUUCAGAUUAUUGAUUUAUAGAUUUUGAAUUAUAAUUGAAUAAACAGAUUGGUGGAAGAAUUGGACUUUCUUAAAUUAAAAUUUUGUAAUAUUACAAACAAAUAAAAGCAACCAGAAAAAUUCCCAGUUCUAAACAAAGAAUCAUCAAGAUUUUAACAAAAUUUCCAAGUUAAAUACUUUAAUUCUUACAAUAAAAUAUAAAAGAUACAAAAUAUAAAAAUCAUUUUUUUUCUAUCAUGUCAUUUCACUAUUUCUUACCAGAUCCAGAUUUGAAUGAACAAAUCAAAUUAAAUUAUUCAUCAACAUUAUCUUCUUCUUCCUCAUCGUUUUCUUCUUCUCCUGCUUCUUCUUCUUUUCCUCUAACAUCUUAUAUAUCUUCACCAUCUUCAAUAUUAUCAUCUUCAAGAUAUGAAAAUGUUAAGGAUCAAACAGAUUUUCAACUUAAUAUACCAUAUACAGCAUUUGAAAUAUUGGUUGGUGUUAUCGCUGUUAUUGGUAAUUUAAUGGUUAUUAUUGUAUUUAAACGUGAUAGAAAAUUGAGACGUAGAACAAAUUAUUAUAUAGUAUCAUUAGCUGUUGCUGAUUUUUUAGUUGGUCUAUUGGGUGUACCAUUUGCUAUAUUAUCAUCGAUUGGUGAACCAAAGAAUUUAUACGCUUGUUUAUUAUCUUUAUCUACAUUAGUUGUAUUAUGUACAAUAUCAAUAUUUUGUUUAGUUGCUGUAUCAGUUGAUCGUUAUUGGGCUAUACUACAUCCGAUGGCAUAUUCAAGGAAUGUUAGAACAAAAACUGCAAUUGGUAUAAUUUCAAUGUGUUGGGUAGCUGGUACUAUUGUUGGUUUAAUGCCAUUAUUUGGUUUUCAUACAUAUCAGGGAACCUGCUUUUUCGAGGAAACAAUGGACUAUAAUUUUUUAUUAUUUCUAUAUUUUGCAACAAUAAUUACACCAGCAUUUCUAAUGUUAUGUUUUUAUGCACAUAUUUAUCGUGUCAUCGUCAAACAGAUUCGUCAAAUAGUUACAAUGAAUCCAAUUAGUGGAUCAAGAAGAUCAUCACGUUUAUCAGUAUAUGAUCAACAACAAGUUAAAACAAUAUCAAAUAAUACGUUCAAUAAUUGUAGAGGACAUGGUGGUACAAUGUUAAGAGUUCUUGGUGCAGCUCGAAAACGUGAUGUUAAAGCCACACAAAAUUUAUCAAUUAUUGUGUUAUUUUUUAUGAUUUGCUGGAUACCAUUAUAUACAAUAAAUUGUAUAAGAGCAUUUAAUCGUGACAUACCAAUACCAGAUCAAUUAAAAAUGUGUUGUAUAAUAUUAACCCAUUUAAAUUCAGCUGUGAAUCCAAUUUUAUAUGCCUAUCAUUUGAAAGAUUUCCGUGCAGCAUUGAAAAAUUUAAUUUUGAAAAUUUUUGGUAUCGAAGUACAACAACAGCCUGAUAUUCAUUAUAAGUUAUCAAUAGCAAGUCAACAUCGUUUACAUUCGAUUUCACGUGCAUCAUUUCGUAAUCGAAUAUACGUUGAUUCACCUGUAUGGCUGAAACAAAAGCAAAUAGAAGAACAAAAUAAAACUAAUUUGACGAUAACAAAAAGCUUAAAUAGCGUUCAUCAAACAGUGGCAGCAGUUGCCUCAGCGACAACUGAUCGUGAAAUGUGGAAAAUUGUUGAAAUUCCUAGUAUUAUAAAUGAAGAAAGCUAUAAACUUCAUUCAGAUUGUGAAUUAUCAAAUAGCAAAAGUAAAAACUACAUUUCAUCUGAUGACGAUGAUGAUGAUGACGAUAGAGAACCUAGUCAAAUAUCGACAUAUGAUAAUAAAAAUUUUUCAACAAGUGUUGAUAAUCUUUCUCACAAGUUAAAAAAUCAAAAGAUCACAAUGGAACCAAGGAAAUCAAUAACAUUAGCAUUAAUACGUCAACAAUUGAAGUCCUCAAAAUCAAAUUACCCACCUCAAACGGCAUUAGGUACAGAAUUAAAACAAUUAGAUUUUCUUGGACCGUCUCUAAAUAGUUAUGGAUCAUUAAAAGCAAAACAAAAAGAAAUUGAACAAAAUUUUAAAACAUCAAAUGAAAUCAAGAAAAGUUAUUCUAUAUCAAGUAAUUCUAGUAAUAAUUCAUAUACAAGUAGCAGUAGUGAAGAUUUUAUUAAGCAUGAAAGUUAUCGAAAACUCGAUAGUAAUCAUUUGCCACCUAUUUAUCAUAUAAGUUUAGGUCCAACUAACACAACAACAACCGAAAUUGUUGAUAUUGAAAAUGUACCAAAAUCAUCAAAGUUUAAUUCAUUGAAAUCAAUGAAAAGAUUAUAUAGUUCAAAUGAUGAACUCGAUUCCUAUAAAGCAAGAGAUUUAACUAAUACCAAUAAAGAUUUUAAUUAUAGACUAUACAAUAGUCAGCCUAGGAAAAAAUUAAAUCUAUUAGGUUCUAAUAAAAUUAAAAUGGAUAAUCAAUUAGAAAAUACAAAACAUUAUAGUUUAUUUCAAAUAUGUGAUUAUUUUAAAGAAAAGGAUGAUGAAAAUAAAGUUGAAUUAAAAUUUGGUAGAAAAAGAACACUUUCAAGUGAAAGCUAAAAUGCUCCACAAACAAAUAAUAUUUCCCAAUAUUGCUUUCAUGAUUUUAUUGAUAAACAAAAAAACUAUUAACAUUAAUACGAGUAUUUAUUUUGGAUUACUAAAAAUUUCAAUUCAUAUUUCUAAUACCACUUCGUUGUCUUCAGUUAAAUUCAAGAUAUUAUACACUAAAAUACUUAAAAAUUUUUUUUUAAAUUUCUGAAAGUUUUUAGUUGCAUGGCUAGAAUUGAAAUAUAUAUUUCAUAAAUUUAGGGUUGUUUUUUAAUUUUAAGGACGAUUGAGGGGUGGCAGAAUAUAGCUUUUCGAAACGAAAGUUUAAUGUUAGCACGUAAAUGUUUUCAACCAAAAAACG